AGUGUCCAGAAAACGCCAAAACACAAGCCGAAGAAGAAGAGCAAACCAAUCUUUUAUAAAUUCAUGGACAAAACAUUAAUGUUUGGUAAUAAAAAUACAAAUAAUUGUAGAAAAUGAACAAUAACAAAGAGUCCGACUUGGAAUUUGUGAAAUUGGUCGAAAGCUAUCCAAUUCUCUAUGCCAAAGAGCAUACACGCGGCAACAAGAAUUCAACGCUGAAAAGUGACGUUUGGCGAGAAAUAGCUCAGCGUGUAAAGAAGUCAGAGAUAGCCUGCAUCACUAGAUGGAAGUCGAUACGAGAUCGAUUUGGCAAAGAAUUUAGGCGCCAACAACAGAAUCCACAAGAUGUUACCAAUUGGGAGCUGUUUCCACAUUUGUGGUUUCUCAAGGAUCACUAUAAGCAAGGAAGUGCGUGCAACAAUGACAUUGAGUGCAUAAAGUACGAACCAAAAAUAAAGAAACGUAAAAUACACAGACCGGAGGAAGAUGAAGAUUCGGGAGAAAAUAGUGAUACAAAAAUAUCACCAGAAGAGCUGGCUUUGAAUCAAAACAUCAUUGCCUUGGUUAAAGAACAUGAUGUUUUGUAUGAUCGCAAGCGGGUGCGGGACUCAAAGAAUUUGACAGCCAAAAAUGAGGCAUGGACAAAUAUAGCAAAUGCCCUUGGUAUAUCAGAGGAAAUGUGUUACAACAAAUGGAAAAAGUUGAGAGACCGUUUCUCACGUGAAUACCGACAAGUACAGUUGAAUCCCGACAAACCAAUUACAUGGAUAUAUUUCAAUGAUUUGCGAUUUCUGGAAAGUCACUACAGAAAAGGUAUCCCGCUUCCAAUUGAAGAAAUAAAACGCAAAGAAAGAUUAUCAGCAGCUUCUAAAGCAGCCAAUCAAUCCGCCACUGCAACCGCACAAGCAGAAAAUCCUUGGGGAGAUGACUUUAGUCAUUCCUAUUACUCGGAUAACGAAGAUCACGUAGAACAUGAGCUGAUAGCAGAAGAGACCGACAUACAAGAACUGCAGGAGCAAACGUUUGAUGAAUUUUUGUUGCUGCCCAACAAAAAGGAAAGUAAACCAGGCACACCAAACCCGACAAUGCAACACGUUACCUACCAUGUGGCACAGGAUGUAACCCCAACAAGUACAACCUAUGUAACCACAACAAAUGCUGCACACACAGCAGAGAAUAGUCCGCAUCUGGAUGCUGAAGAUAAACUGCAUAAUGUCAUUUCAAAUAUGGAAAAUGUUUUACGACAAUCACAGGAUUGUCUAAAAGCUAUACAAAACCAAAAGGCCCAAUUUCGCUUUGAAUUGGAACAACAACAUCUCAGCAUGCAACCUGAAAUGCUACAAAAAGUCCAUAUAUUACUGGAUGGUCUCCAUCCGGAGCAGAAGGCCAAGGCCGAACGUAAAAUUUUACAAUUUUUAUGUGAAUGCCAAAUUAAGAUCUUAAAUAAUGAGGAAAUCGCUGAUGUUGCUCCCGUGAAUAUAUAUUGACGAUAAAUUGCUUAGGUUUUAUUUAUACUAAAAAACGGAUAGAAUGAAGAGGUUAUGUUAUUGUACGUAUGUAUGCUUUUAUAAUAAUUAUUAUUUUUCUCUAUAUAAUUUUAAUAAUACUAAUGUUAAUAUAUGAAGAAAUACAUAUUACGUAUAAGAAACAUUAAUUCUAUAGGGAAUAAAAACGUGAAAAAAACUGAA